AUGCGGACGAAUGUUUUGCUUCUCUUUGUGGCGGUCGUCUCCCUCGCAACCUUCAGCAACUUGGUCGUUGCAGAGAAAGCGGUACAUCAAGUUCAAGAUCCCCAGCACCCCCUAAAGUCUCUCCGAGGUGACAGCUCAGCUCGCAACCUCAAAGGAAGCCACGAAAUGGCCAAGACUGACGUCGCCGACGAGGUGGAACGAGGUUAUCAACAAGUUAAGUCCAUAUUGGACAGGGGGGACCCCAACAAACUGUCGAAGAAGAACGUCCAGAAGGUCCGUUCGUACGCCGAGGAGAACCCCGACAAAUGGUUAUUCAUGUCGAACUACCUCGAGUACUUUUACGGUAUCUCGUUCCUGGCGCUGAUGGCGGGUGGAGCUCUUUGGCACGGCAUGCAACCGGCCGGAGCGGGCGGCCCAAAGAUUAACUAA